UCCGUGUUGCAGACUGCUGUGGCCUCGAUCCACUCAGCUUUAAAAUACUCGUUCUUUUCAAACAUUCCGGGCUUUUUAACUUCAGAUUUUUUAUCACCAUGGCUACAGACGCUCUCUUCUCAAGUGUGCCUCAACUAUCCACCGAUCCUGAUUUUUUGGUGCCACUUCCAGCUCCACACAAAGUGAAGGGCGAGCGCAAAAGGAGCGCAGUGUGGCAUUAUUUCACGCGUCAGAACAGCGGGGAGGCCACCUGCGACACGUGCCUGAACACGGUGAAGAGCUGCGGCAACACCACCAACCUGGUCAAACAUCUGCGCUUCAGACACACGGCGCAGUACGAGAGCUUCAUGCUGCAGCGGUCCGAGCAGGAGCAGGGUCCGGCCGCCAGGGGGAGCCAGAGCAGCGCGGAGGCGGACGAGAGCGCGGCCGACGGCGAGCACGCGUACGAGACCGAGGAGAUGGACUUUGGUUCUUUCAGCGUCACUCAGGUUUCUCCUCGAGAGAGGAAGUUCCCCGGCGACCGUAAACGGAGCCCGGUGUGGAGGUACUUUACGCGUCACAUCAGCGGAGAGACGACCUGCGACGUUUGCCUGAACCCGGUGAAGAGCUGCGGAAACACCACCAACCUGGUCAAACACCUGCGCCUCAAACACCGCGUGGAGUACGAGAGGUUCAUGGUGCAGCGCUCCGAGCAGCAGCUGGGGGGCGCCCUCGCUUACGAGCAGGUGAUCAUGGACGGGGACCCGAGCUCCUCUGCAGUGUGUCAGCUCUCCGGCUCAGGACUCGUGGAUGAACCGGUGGUGGGCAGGGGCCGGAAGAGGAAGCGUCAGUCCCAGAACAGCGUGAUCCUCUUGGACAAUCUGGGUGCAGGGUCCGAGGACGGGCUGCUCUCCUUCAGACUGAACAUGCAGACGCCCGUGGAGUCCAUCCUCCACAGCGGGUACUUCCACCCCACCCUGCGCUCGUGGCAAACCUGCAACACCGACCUGAAGCCUGACAACCUCAUCUACCCCGUUUUUAUCACAGACAAUGAAGAUGCAAUCGAACCAAUCGGGAGUCUGCCAGGACAGGCCAGGUAUGGAGUGAACCGAGUGGAGGAGCUGCUGCAGCCGCUGGUGCAGAAGGGCCUCAAGUGUGUGCUCAUCUUCGGGGUCCCUGCCAAAGUCGAGAAGGACGAGCGUGGCUCUGGAGCAGACUCUGCGGACACUCCUGCCAUCAUCGCCGUGAGGAAGAUCCGAGCUGUGUUUCCUGAGCUGCUGGUGGCCUGUGACGUCUGCCUCUGCCCGUACACCUCACACGGACACUGCGGGAUCCUGAACGACGACGGCACCAUAAACAACGAUGCCAGCUGCCUGCGCCUGGCAGAGGUGGCACUGGCCUACGCUCAAGCAGGGGCCCACAUCAUCGCCCCCUCGGACAUGAUGGACGGACGGGUCAGGGCCAUCAAACAGUUCCUCCUCGCCAACGAGAUGGGAAACAAGGUCUCGGUGCUGAGCUACAGCGCUAAGUUUGCUUCCUGUUACUACGGCCCCUUCAGAGACGCCGCUCAGUCCAAGCCGGCGUUUGGAGACAGACGCUGUUACCAGCUGCCCCCCGGAGCCCGCGGCCUGGCCCUGCGAGCCGUGGAGCGUGACGUGAGGGAGGGCGCAGACAUGGUGAUGGUCAAACCUGGACUUCCUUACCUGGACAUCGUCAGAGAGGUCAAACAGAAGUUCCCUUCACACCCGCUGGCCGUCUACAACGUGUCGGGCGAGUUCGCGAUGAUGUGGCACGGAGCUCAGGCCGGCGCCUUCGAGCUCAGGGCGGCGGUGAUGGAGGCGAUGACGGCGUUCAGGAGAGCAGGCGCGGACAUCAUCAUCACGUACUACACGCCGCAGCUGCUCGACUGGCUGCAGCAGUGAAGACCCCAGCGAAUGCACUGAAAGACAGGUUUUAUUUCGUUUUAGUUUUUUCUUCUUCUUUUUUUUGUUCCGAUUUCGCUUUUGAGGACGACAAAACUGCGCCGUGCCGUCGAAGGAAGGAAGCCGCCGUGUACAAUCAAGAGUCUGCCCAGAGCUUUCACCGUUCAUCCGUGACGUGGUGUUUUCAUGAACUGUUGGUGUUAAGGGCUACGGUGGUCGAGACAAGAAUGUAAAAGUACUUCUCUAGUCCUGCUUAGUCCAAAAUCUGAUGAUGUUGUAUCGAUUGUAACUAUGAUAUUUCGAUGAGAUGAUGUGGCCUCUGUAAGGACCAAAACAAAUAAAUCCAUCUGAACUGGA